AUGAUCCGUUAUGUUAAUAAAUUAAAAAGAAUUAAUAGAAAAGGAAUAUAUAAAUUACAUGUAGAAAAUGACAAAAUUAUUGACAUGCCCUUGUUCUUAGUUGAACACAUAUAUAUUAGAAAAAAAAAAGAAUUGAUAAAGCUAUUACAUGAAGCUAUAUAUUUUGACAGAGAACAUUUUUUCAAUAAUUAUAAGAAAGUGUUAUUAAAUAAAAAGGAAUGGAAAAAUAAAAAUGAUUUUAAAGAUUAUGUAAAUAAUAUAAAAGAAGAAUUUAAUCUCAUGAAUAUAAGUAAUAAAAAUUAUAAUUGUCAUAGUAAUACUAAUAUUAUAUAUUCUCAGGAACAUGGUAGAAAUACUUUUGAAAAUUAUAAGUUAUCAUCAAAUAUUAAAAAUGAAAUAAAUGAUUCUUCAAAUAAUUAUAUGAACCCUUAUAAAUAUAAUAAUGAAGAAUAUGAUGAGUUGAUAAUACAAUUAUCAAAAUUAUAUCAUGAUGAAGAAGUUUUUGAUAAUACAACUUUUCUUUUGGAUUGUUUUCAGUUUAUCGAAGAAGAAAAUUAUGUUAAUUAUUAUCUAGAAGAAAAAUUAAAAAACAAUAAUAUAAAUAAAAUAUAUGAUGACAAAAAUUUAUAUAAUGAAGAUAUAUAUAAUGAUUAUGAUUUAAUAGGUUAUAUACCUAACGAUUUAUUUUUCUCAUGUAUUCAAAAUAGAAUAAUAUCUAUAAAAAAAUAUUGUUCAUAUAGCGAACUUUUUUCUCUUAUUUUUUUAUUUCAUAAAAGGAAUGACAUGAGACCUAUUAUUUUAUUGAUUGAUGAAUAUAUAAAAAAAAUGUGUAAUGAAAAGGAUAAAAUUGUUAAUAAUAAGCAUAUUAUAUAUAUGUUGAAUAUUUUUAUUAAAAUGAAACAUAAUAAAGAUAAUAAAAGUAAUAAAAGUAAUAUUUGUAGUAGUAGUAGUAGUAGUAAGUAUAUAUUUUCUCAUUUAUUAAAAAAUGUCUAUAUUAACUUUACAUAUAACAAUUUAAAAUUAUUAACAUUAUCCUUUACAUGUUUAUCCAGAAUACAUUCAUAUAAUGCUUUAUUUUAUCAACACGUCUCUACCUUUAUAAAUAAUAUUUCUACCCUUUCAACCUUAUCAUGUUCUAUGAUAUUACACAGUAUAGGUUAUUAUAAAUUUUAUAUGAAAAAAAUAAAAGGACGCUUAUUUGAGCACAUACGAAAUUACAAACAAAUAAAAAAAAAAAAAAAAAAAAAAAUUCUUCAUGAUAAAAAUCAAAUCAUUAUAGACCAAAAAAAAAAACAUUUUGAAAAAGAAUAUAAUAUUACAAAUUAUAUAACAUAUCAUAAUAAUAAAAAAUCUCUUAUCGAAGGUCAAAACAAUAAUCAUUUAUAUGAUAAAAACGAAUCGACAUACACACACCAUAUUAGUAAUCAAAUUUGUUAUAAGAAUAUAGGUGAAAGACAUAUAAUAAGCUUUGAUUUCUCAAGAGAACAUAUGAAUAUAAUAAAAAACCUAGAAAAUAAAAUUAUUGAAAAAUUAAUAUGUUCCAAUAUUCAAGAUAUAGAUUCUAAAAGUAUUAGUAGUAUUUUCCAUUAUUAUUAUUUAUCACAAAAGGUUUUAUUAAAUUUACAGGAUCAAGAAUUAUUUAAUAAAUUACUCAAUAUUUUAAUUCAUAAUAACGUGAAUUUUAUCACACCACGACAUUUUCUUAUGUGCUCCUAUACAUUAAUUCUUCAUAAAUAUUUUACAAAUAUAAAUAUAGCAUCUUAUUUUCUUUUUCAGUGUGCUAAAUUAAUUAAGUUAUUAAAAAAGCAAAUUUAUAUAGACAAUUUAUUUUUUAUUUUAAUAGGCUUUUCACAAAACGAGUUAAUCUUUUAUAACAACAAAAAGAAGCAUAUGAAUGGUACAGGAGUAAUAUAUAUUGAUAAUAAUAAUAAUAAAAUUUGUAAUUAUAAAAUAGAAAAAAAUAAAUAUAUUGAUAUAUUACAAAAAUCGCAGUAUGAAUUAAAUCUUUUAACUAACCAAAAUAAUGUUACACCCGCUAGUUCAAGAGCAGCUAUUUUAUAUAUAUUUAAUGAAAUAACAAACUUAGAUUAUGAAUUAAAUACAAAACAAAUUGUUUUAUUUCUGCAAUUAUUUUCAUCUUUUAAUAUAAAGUUUAGUACAGAUAUUAAGCAAAAAUUAUUUUCUCUUAUAAUUACUAAGACACACCUUUUAAUAAAACACGUACAUUUUAUCUUACCAGGAGCUAUAAAAAUAUAUGGAAUUACAAGCAAUUAUAUGAAAACUAUUUGUUUGAAUUUUCUUGAAAAAAUGGAUAAUGAAAUUAAUAGAAUUUAUAAUUUGUUAGAAAAUGGGGAGUUCGAUAUGAUUUAUAAUUUUACCAAAACAAAUAAUAUAAAUGCCAAUGUAGAAUAUUGUUUUAUAUUUGAUAUUAAUAUAUUAUCCGACAUAUUAUAUAUAUUUGAUCAAAUAGAUGUAAAUAAAAAAGAUUUUAUGGACAACCUAACCAAUUUGUUAUAUUUUAAUAAUUAUUAUCUUCUUACAUAUAAGAAAAACAAUUUUAAUUCAUUUGUAUAUCUAUUGCAUUAUAUUUCAUCAUCAUAUAGUAAUGAAAAAAAAAUAAAUAAACUAAAACAUUUUCUUUAUACAAAUGUAUCUGAAUAUUUGAAUAUGUCAUUUAAGAAAUAUGUAGAUCAUAUAAAAGCAUAUGGAGAUUACAAAAGUCAUAUAAACAAAAAUGAGGACAAUAAUUCCCAUGAAGAAAAUAAAAAUAAAAUUAUAGAAAACAUGAAUCUAUCAAAUAAUCAGCAUAGAAAUAAUUAUUUUAAUGAAGUUACACAUAAUAUAUUAAAUGAUAAAAUAUAUAUGAAAGAUUUGAUCUUAUUAUUGGAUUCAAUCAGAAUUAAUAAAGCAUACAAUCACACGUUACUUAUUAAUAAUUUGAUUAAUAUUAUGAACACUGAAAAAAUAACCUUACUCUCGGAUGAAGAUGUAGAGUUAAUAAAUUAUAUUUUUAUAGACAUGGGAUUAAUGAAUAAUCCAAUAAUGACUGAAGCAAAGAAAAGAGGCUUAAGCAUGGCAUUAAACGGUUAA